AUGUAUAAUUAUGUGAAAAAGAAGAAGGAAAGACAGGAACUGGAAACUGGAUCUGCUUUUCCAAAAUACAAAGGAAGCUGGCCACCAAACCGCUUUAAUAUAGCCCCAGGUUAUCGAUGGGACGGUGUUAAUCGUUCUAAUGGUUUUGAAGAUCGUAUAGCUGAAAUAGCUAAUCGAAAAGCCGCGCAGCAUGCAGAAUUUUAUAAAGACAUUGCGAAAUAUGAAGUUUAA